AGAGUCCAUGUGUGAAGCUGUCAAGUAUGACGUAACAUCCGGAUAGUGUCAGGCGAGUGUUCGUUUUCUGAGCUUUUACUGAGGAGGACAUUGCCGACUUGACUUCUCAUCUCAUCUGUUGAAGUUAGACUGAGAGAAAAAAUGCCCAUUGAAAUCAAGCUUCGGUUUGUGGUUCUUUAUGGGUCUCAAAAGGGUCAAGCCCAGUCAAUAGCAGAGGGGAUAGCUGAACAGGCAGACGAGCACGGUUUCCUUGCUGAGCUCAGCUGCUUGAACCAGAAAGAUAAGUACAAUCUGGAGAAAGAGAAGUCCCCGGUGGUCUUUAUUGUGUCUACGACUGGAGAUGGGGAGCCACCAGAUAAUGCCCUGCAAUUUGUGAAGCACAUCAAGAAGAAGACACUCUCCUCUGACCACUACAAACACCUUUACUAUGCACUUUUAGCUUUAGGAGACACCAAUUAUGAAAACUUCUGCAACUGUGGCAAGACAAUUGAGCGGCGUCUACAGGAACUUGGAGCCCAAAAAUUCUAUGCAACAGGAUAUGCAGAUGACGGUACAGGGUUGGAGGUAGUUGUGGACCCUUGGCUUGAAGGACUGUGGAAAGCUAUCAAAGCAGCGUUAUCGAAUAUGGCUUCUGAUUGGAGCGUUCAAGAGGAUUUAGAGAUGACUUUUCCAGAUUCGUCGAUACCACAUGUCCAACUCAACCUGCUAAGCCUCACUGACCUUCAGUCUCCUAAUUUGGACCCCAAAUUUGCAUCUCCGGGUUCAUCUUCUUCCACGCAGCCGAUGCCCACAUCUGUUGAAGGUGUCAGUUUAACCACGCCAUCAGCAGAGACACAACACACAGAUCCUGGAACGUCCAAUGCACCUUCACUAUCGCACUCAGUGACUCCGCUGUCCGAUUUGUCUCUAAAUGUUCCAAGUCUACCUCUACCUUUUCUAGACGUGCGUCUUCAGGAAGUAGACACUGUGGACAAGAAUUUUGGGCCCUUGAACGUUGAAACUAUCAAUGAGGUUCCUAUAUCCCGUGCGGUUUGUUUAACAACAGGGGAGUCAGUCAAGACUGCCAUCCUUCUUGAACUUGACAUCACUGCGUACCCCAUGUUGACCUAUCAACCUGGGGAUUCGUUUGAUGUUUUCUGCCCAAAUCGAGCCUCUGAGGUCAAGCAACUGCUUCAAAGAUUGGGUCUUGAGGAUCAGAAGAAUCAUCAUGUCCAAGUUUCUUUACUCAAAGACACAAAGAAAAAAGGUGCUCAGGUACCCUCCUACAUCCCUCAGAACAUUUCUUUACUGUACCUGCUCACAUGGUGUCUGGAGAUUAGAAGUGUUCCAAAGAAGGCCUUGUUGCGAGCAGUGGCUGAGCAUACAGCAGACUGUGUGCAGAAGAGGAGGUUACAGGAGCUUUGUAGCAAACAAGGCACCGCAGACUACAACCAGUUUGUGAGAGAGUCCAGCCUCAGUGUUUUGGAGCUUCUCGCUGCCUUCCCUUCCUGCCUACCUCCCCUCAGCCUCUUUGUAGAGCAUCUGCCCAAGCUGCAGCCAAGGCCUUAUUCAGCUGCCAGCUCCUGCCUUCGGCACCCAGGCAAGCUGAAUUUUGUCCUCAGCGUCGUCGAGUUACCAACAUGCUUAGGUCGUCCUGUUGGGAGGCGGGGCUUGUGUACUGGUUGGCUCUUUGACCUCGUCACCCCUCUCCUGGUUCUCCCAGGGAAGGCUGAAUCGCAGCGUUGCCUUGCCUUGCCGCAGAUCCAUGUGAGUUUGAGACCCAACCACUCCUUUCGACAGCCAUCCGACACAUCAGUGCCUCUCAUAAUGGUCGGACCUGGUACGGGUGUCGCGCCCUUCAUUGGCUUCCUCCAGCAAAGAGAAAAGGAGAGGCAGCGGAAUCCUGAUGCGCUGUUCGGUGAGACCUGGUUGUUUUUUGGUUGCCGCUACAGAGACCGAGACUACCUGUUCAGAGAGGAGCUGGAGGGCUUUGUGUCCAGUGGUACUUUGGACCACCUCCAAGUAUGUUUCUCCAGAAAUGACCAGAAGGACGAGGAGGCCGUCGUCUCAGGAGGCUCUCCCAGAUACGUCCAACACAACUUGCUGCUCCACAGCCACAAAAUAAUCAACAUCUUGCUCAAAAACAAUGGUUGCCUCUAUGUUUGUGGAGAUGCAAAGAACAUGGCUAAAGACGUAAACGACACCCUGAUGGAGAUGAUCAAGCGUGAGCUCCAGGUGGACCAACUGGAGGCCAUGAAGCAACUGGCUCGCCUCAGGGAGGAGAAACGCUACUUGCAGGACAUCUGGGGAUAACGGAGGACUUUUUGAUUUUGAUUAUUAUUAGUGUUAUUAUUUUUAAUGACAUGAAAUUCAACAUACGUUCUCAGCCGUGUCCUUGUGCGCUAAAAAACGGGGGAGCCGCUGAUAACCGCGAUGGAACAUCCGUUGCAUUGCUUUGGAGAAGGUGUCCAACGUGCUGACCUGAGAACACGGCGUGCUGACAUCAUCUCAUGCUUGGCUUGUUGAGCAAAAGUGACCUUGGCCCGGCCAAUAAUGCUGCUUAUUGGUUCUGGCGGUGUGAAAAUGCUUUGAGGGUUGACAAGCACUCCGUGUUUGUCCUGCCAGGGAAAGCAUUUAAGUCGACUUUGAUGGAGGGAUUUCAAUGAGACUGAAACCGCUCUGCGGUUCCUCCCUAGAUAAACAACAAAGUCGUUGACACACACGCACGCAUACAGAUAUGAAAGGAUUGCGCAGGGUUUAGAAAUGGAUUUUUUUAGUAUUGUGGUAUUUUCUUUGAAUGUGCAAAAUCCACUGCCAACUAAAUACCCGACGUUCGCAAAGAAGCUCCGAAGGCCACACGCCAAUCACUCCACACUAAACACUUGAGUUUGCUUUUAUGCUGCUUGACAUUAUUAUGGAGUCACCUUUCUUUUUUCUUCUUUCGAGAAUUGGAUCUGAGGAAAACAAAAGAGCUUCCAUGAUUACAGGCACAAUACGCGGAUUGUUUCUUUGUGUGAAGUUCAGUGUGUGCAUAUCGGGCAUAAAUAUCCAACCUAAAGCUCAGCCCUGAGCUCUGAGAGGAAUCCAUCCGACUUGACUUUGCUUUGUUUUAGUACUGCCCGCAUGCACAAUGUUAUUUUGGACUCCUCCGAAAAUGCAGCCAGGCUAGGAUCUCAAACACAAGCCCACACACCGCCUCUCGUAUUUUGCGGCCUGGCAAUAAAAAUAAUUUCGAAUUGGCUUCCGGCGUCUCCUCUUUUCCCCUUUUAUUGCUCAAAAUGACAUUUGUGGGUUUUCGGGUGCAAAUGACCCGACUCUAUGAACUUGUGGUUGAGGAGCAAUGGUGAAAAGAUGUGAAAUUUGUCGUGACUGAAUCUAAAAAUUGAAAUCGUGCUGACUUGAAAGUUGAAGGUGCCUUUGGUGAAGAGAACGAAAGCAUCUGCUAAUUGAAGUCUUUUUGUGGUGUGCCGCAGAGCCCCAGAGAGAGGCUUCCUCAGAAUUAAAUCUUCUAACAGCGGUCGUUUUAGUUCUCGUUUUGAAGGGAGGGUAGACGGGGGGGAAAAACAUGUUUACAAUCUUCCACUGCCUCCACCGUUGAUGACACACCAUUUAAUUCGUCCUCAAGCCGGGUAAACAAAACCGGCACCAUUCUAGAAAACCACCCCCCGACUGUGACUAAUUGCUUUCAUAGUAUAUUGUCAAAAAGGGCAAAACGGCUCUUGGACUGAAUCAUCUUAAGAAUGUGACGACACAACCAGCGUUCUCUCAAAACUCAGAGCCUCGCACGCUGCUCGCGGUCCGCGUCACUCGAUCCCGCGACCGCAAAGGACUGAGGCAAGUUCAAAGUUAUGGCUGGCUAAUUAAAAAGGUCCACAAUGUCAAAAAGUACGGCAACGGUUUGGAAUAAAUCAGAGCUCGUUGGAGGUCAGAGCGACCGGAGAGCAGUAACACCCCAGUGAGAGACGCCCCUUGUUAAAAAUGGCUAAAUGAAGCAGAAAGACGUGCGCUAUCGUUCAUGACUCUUAUUAUGAAGAGCGUCGAGUGGAGAGGUGCAGUUCAUGUCAAUGAACAGCACAAGACCCGCUUGACACACAAAGUACUCCACGGAGUGAAGAUGUUAGAGGAGUCCAAUCAGCCCGGUCGACACAAUGCCCACUUCAUUUGACUUUGCUCUGCGGGAGUGAAUGGAGUGUCGCUUUAGCGGUAACAGUGCUUAACACUAAGGCAUUAUUAAAUGUGACUACGGGUCCGCUCAGGCAAUAUGCGGGUGAGCCUGGAAUAAAUGUCUUCACUUUCCACAUUUGUUUUCUGGGAAUUGUUUCAAGGAUGAAAAUGACAAACCGGAAUUAAAGGUGUUUGACUUUG